UAGCAACCUGUAAACAAUACAGUAGACUACCCAGAAGGCCACGGGAGCGUAAGCUGUGUCUGUGCGCUACUUCCGGGUGAGGCUGCUGCAGAGGAACACGUGGAGUGUGACCUAAACAGACACUGACAGUAGAAACAAGAAUGGUAGCUGUUGAUACUGACAGAAUGGCAAGUCACAGUAAGUCCAAGGAAAAAAAGAAGAAAAAUAAAGCAAAAUUACAGGAUCAGGAGGUUAAUGAAACAGCCCAGGAAGAAAUGCAAGAUAAAGCAAAGAUAAAAUAUAAGAAAAAUAAAAACGGGCCAGAUGAAGGUGACAUUUCAGCUCAUGCAGAAGAAAAUAUUUCCAAAAAAAAAAAUAUUUCCAAGAAAAAGAAGAUAAAACAUGUUAGUUCUGAGACAACUGAACAGACAGAAGAACAGGGAGACCCAGACGUUCCGGCCAGUCCAGUUGUAACAGAGAGAAAAUUAACUGGCAAGAUAAAGAAGAGAAAGAAGAACAAAGAGCAGUCUUCUCCGGAUAUAGAAACAACAGAUUUGUUAAGCAGCGAUAAGUCAGACCCUGUAAGUUGUGUUAAUGAUGUGCCUAAAAUGGUAGAAAAGGAGAAAAAGAGGAAAAAGAAAAUGAAUUCUAUCCCUGAGACAGAAACUGAAUUUUCAAUUAGCUUUAAUAUACCAGAGACUGUGAAUGAAGACAAUGAGGUUCCAGAACAUACUAAAAAAGAAAAAAGGAAGAAGAAAAAAAGGAAAGAUUUUACUGAUGAAGAAAUGGCAAAUUUUAAUAACAGCAAUAAAGAAAUAGAGACUGAAAUGCCAGAAACCUCCCAAAAAGUUAGCAAAAAGAAAAACAGGUCUCUAGUAUCUGAGAAUACAGAAGCAGAUGCUAAUCAGACAUCUGCUGAAAUGAUGGAACAUGGCAAGCAAAAGAAAAGAAAAACAAAAAUAAAUGGAGAGAAGCAGGACAAAGUGGUGGGCGGUGUGAACUGUGAUACUGAGCUGUCCAAAAACAAGAAGAAAAAGAAGAAAGAAGAUUUUUAUGAUGAUGAGACACAAAGCAAUUCCAAACUGACUCAUAAUAACAAUGUUGAGGUUGAGCUUCAGCCUCCCAACAGAAAGAAAAAAGGAAAAGUCUCAUGUGCUGGAGAUGAUCAUGAAGCUUCUCUAGAGAUCGAAGAAGCUGAUUCUGGCAAUGAUCCAAAUGGGAAUAAAAUAGUCAAUGGAUCCAAACUUACCGGUUCCAAAAAGAAAAGAAAACACAUAGAAGAGAAAAGUCACAGUCUAACCACAGCCACCUGUAGCAGUGAACAUAUAGAAACAUCUAAACAAAAGAAGAAAAAGAAAGGGCUGGCUGAUGUGACCGUUACUGUCCCAGCAGAUAACACAACCAUAGAAGAGGACAAAGCUGAAGUUCCUAAAAGAAAGAAGAAAAGGAAACCCGGGGACUUAGAAGUUGCAAACGAGCUUGCACAGACCAAAGAUAGAAAGAAGGCAAAAAUAUGUGAGGAGAAGGUGCCAGAAACAUCUGUGGAAGAGAAGACUACCAGCGGGCCUGGGAACACUAAGGGUACCAGAUUUGGACAGUGGGACACGGCUUCUUUUCAAAGCUCAGAUCAACAGACAAAGUUCUUUAGACUGAUGGGAGGCUUUAAGAAAGGCAAUGAAAGUGCCCUCGCACCAAGCCCCAGCCAGGAAAAAGCAAACAUGGCCCUGGGCAAGGCCAACGAGCAGUCAUUACAGAGGAAUCUGCAGGCAGAAUUUGACAAAGCCCUUAACUGGAAGCAGAACAGAGGCAUAGGCUUGGGAUUUGAGACUGCCAAAAAUAAAGCAUUCUUCAUUGACAAAACUGCCUCUAAGUCCAUAAAGUUUGAUGACUAAUGCAAUCCUUGCCUGCAAUGUAAUCCGUAAUGUUUAUACUGUGAAAUUAGUGUCUCCCCAAUGCAGAAUAUUCAACAAGUGGGACAGAUUGUGCCCCUCAAGAGAUUUGUAUGCACCUCCACCCUGCCCAAGGGUUUCUUAAACUUUUUGUAAGUUAUUUUAUUAUAAUUCAGCCUGUGAACUUGUGCUGUGUUAUCUUAUUGUCUGCCAGCAUGGAGAAAAAAAGACAGAAGCACUGCUAAAUUAAUCUACUUGGCAAUAAGAGUUCUCACUGCAUGCAAAGAUGUUUUGGAGCCAUAACACAUGUUCAUUUGCACAUGUGCAUUUUGAAUGCCCUAAACUAGGAUAACUGCGUGGGUUUUAAUUCACAACAAAACACAAUGUAAAUUUGCAUGAAAACGUGUAUUCCGCUGUCCAACAGGCAAUACCAUUGUGAAAAACCAAGCGUGAAACUACAUUAGUACCUAAUAAAGUCAAUAUGAAAGGAAAA